AUGGCAGUGGCAGAUCUACUGGUUGUUAUCAAUUACGUGAUACUGACUCGAAUUAGGGACUUCUAUUUCCCUAAUAAUUUCCUCUUCAUGACUCCUUUCUGUUCUUUACAAUCUGCUCUGAAUCAUGCUUCCACCGACAUUUCAGUCUGGCUAACAGUUGCAUUCACUUUUGACCGCUUUGUUGCCAUUUGUUGCCACAAACUGAAGACUAGAUAUUGCACCGAGAGAACUGCAGCCACAGUUAUAGGAACUAUCUGCCCCAUCUUCUGCUUCAAGAACAUCCCGUGGUAUUUUGCAUAUGAAGGCACCAUUACAACUGGCCUGAUACAAUGGGGUUGUAAUAGAAAGCUUGAGUAUUAUACUGUCGCUGCUUGGAUAGCAUUUAAUUGGAUUCACAGGUGGUUGACACCAUUGAUCCCAAUAUUUCUGAUAUUUCUCUUCAAUGCUUUCACUGUAGGACACAUUUUGGCAGCGAGUAAGACCAGCAGGAGACUCAGAGCUGGCCGGAAUGAUAGGGAUCAACGUGAUCCCGAGAUGCACAGCAGGAGGAAGUCUGUCAUCUUGCUCUUUGCAGUAUCCAGCUACUUUAUAAUCCUCUGGGUGUCAUAUGUUGUCUAUUUUGUGUUACUCCGCAUUACAAGCCAUUAUUACUCAACAUGUUUCAAUGAUCCGAUGUAUAUCACAGAUCAAACCAGUCACAUACUGCUCCUUCUGAGUUGCUGCACAAACACAUGUAUUUAUGUCAUGACCCAAAGUAAAUUUCGAAAGCAGCUGACCAAUAGGGUGAAAUAUCUGCCGACGAUCAUCUUUAAAUGCCUUAAAUAA